AUGAAGAUACCGCAGAGCAGUACUCGUACUCGUCGUUUGCGCGCGCGCGCGAAAAAGCACCAAAUCUUCUUCUCCGAGAAGAAGAAGAAGAACACACGAGAGGAGAGAAUUCAAACGUUUUUUUCUUUCCCGAGAACGAAGCGACCGACGAGAAAGAAGAAAAACAAAGAGAUAAAGAGAGAUUUUCAAGCCUUACCGAAAGAGGAGAGAACCACUCCUUUUCUUCUUCUGCUAUUCGUGUUAGUAUUCUUCGUGCUAUUACUGCUGCUGCAUCUGUCGCUGCUCGCGUGUACUCGUUUGUUGUUUGCAACCGCGCCUGCGUUUCGCGGGCAUCGGAGCACGUUUAUCGUCAUCAUUAUUCUUUAUAUAUUCGUUCUUUUUGUGUAUUAUCUCGCUUUUGUUGUUUGGGGGUCAAAAAUUUCUCUCUUUCUCUCUUCCUCUUUCUCCGAAACGACAGACAGACAGACACACACUCUGCGACCACUCGAGUGA